GCAUUCGUUUUACACAAUGAGAAAUUAAGAUAAUUAGAAAAGUAAAUACGAAAAUUAAACUCACACACGAAUUUUGGAUUUUCAUUGAAAAUUGUGAAUGUCUACCUGGGAUCUACACGAUGUCUACUUUCAUUUUGUUUAUGCUUUUGCAUCUUUGAGCGAAGUUUAAUAUUUUAAAAUCAACUUUAAUUAAUUCUACUGUUUUAUAAAAACAUAAUGAACCAAGAAAAUGCUGUAUCAGACAGCUGGGAAGAUAUUGACGAGACUGAGCUCGAAAAGAGAUUAGACCAAGAGAAACAAGAAAGAACUAGAAAAGAACAAGAAAUGACUACAGCAAAGCAGAAUAGUUUAUCAUUACUUUCAAAUGGCGGAGAUGAUUUUAAACCAAGAAUUCUUCAGCGACCUAAACCUACUGUCACGAUUUUAAAACGUCCCGACUCAUCACCAGCCUUAUCUUCCGCAUCACAAAAUCAAAAGCCUCAAAUAAAAACACUUGAACAGAGAGAGAAAGAAUAUGCUGAGGCAAGAUUAAGGAUUCUCGGAUCAGCAGCUUCAAGUGAGUCUUCCUUGGAGCAAAAUAAACAAUUUAUUGCAAACCCAAAACUCUCUCCGUCUUCAUCGUCAAAUUUUCUUCCUGCUCAAUCUCAUCAACAGCAAAAAAGCCCUGAAAAUAUCAUACGACUUCCUAAGGGGCCGUCAUUGGGACAAGGCUUUAACAUAAGACGAUAGCAACGUGAUUCAAAUGUCAAAUCAGUUAUGUAACCUUAUCUGCUUAUUAUUGCUUUCAUUUUCAAUAAAUCAACCUGUGGAUUUAUGACAUUACAUUAGUCGGCAACUUCAACUGUAAAUAUUCUUUAUUGAGGACAAACAAACAUAAAAAUGAAGGUGCAAAGUCAUGAACGGAACACAAGAUACUGUUAUUUUAGUUUUUAAUUAAUUUAUGUAAUUUUCAAUUAAACAGCGAGAUGAAUAUUCUGAAAUAUUAUACAAUUUAAGAGGUCAUUUGAAGAGAAAGUUUUGUAUGUUCGUUUCGAACUGAUUUGAAUAGAUAAUUUAUUUUGUAGAUUUAAACAAGGUAUAAAAAGUGAAUGCUGCAAAGCGCGUUAGGGGCAUGAUUUAAAUAGUUUCGUUAACCUUUAUUUCUUAUAAUUUUCUUUUGAGUUGUGUCAUUAAUAAAACUGUUUAUUUCAUACUUUCGGUUUCUUAAGUGUACCAAAAGCUGAGAUGACAGUCGUUUUCCCAGAUGUUGACGAAGAUGAUGUUGUAAUGGAUGAAGUUACACUAACUGGAGCUUGCUGAUCCCAUUUUGAUUUUCUUUUUGUCGAUUCUUUCACAAUCACUUCGGUUUUUAUGUUUUCUUUCUUUUGCUUUUCUAAUUUGUCCAUUUCUUGCUUUUGUGCUUUUGCAAGUUCUUCAUAGUAAGAUUCUGGUCCGUAUAUAGAAACAUCAUAAAUUUCAGGAGGAAAGUUUGUCCCUAGCUCAUUUAAGUCAAAAAAUUGAAUGAGCUUAUCAUAAAUACUCGGAUUACGAAAUUCUUUCUUCUCCUGAAUAUAUUGGUUGAGAUCAAAUUCUGAAUUCUUGAUCUUUUGAUAGAUGUUUGAUAUCGUUUCUUGAAGUUUUGGAUCUGAUUUUGUCUUAGGCUCCGGAGGUAAAUGAAAUCCAUAUUUCUUGAAAUAUUUGGCAAAUUUAUCUCCUCCAUCUUCUUCCUCUUCGGUUUCAUUAUCUUUCUCAGGUGGAAUCUCUUCUGAUGUAUUAAGCUCAUCAUCAGAUGCAUCUUCAUGAGCUUCAUUGUCAUUAUAACUCACUAAACGACGAGGAUGCUUUGAACUUUUCUUUGGCUGGAUUAUUAUUUCUGCUUUUAUUUGUUUCUCUUCAGGAUCUAAUCUUGAAACAUCGUCUUCAUGAUUAUCCUCAUUCUCUGAGUCUGUGUAGGUUUCUGUUAAUGAAGCGAGAGCUGAAUUCAUCUUCUUUGCCUUUUGCUACGAAGAGAUAUUAAAUGUGAUUUGUUUUAUUAUUUAUUUUC